AUGGAGGAAAUUGAGAUACGACACAAUGAUGACGUAGAAACGCUGAUUCAUCCAUUAAAAGAGAUCUCGUUUGGUGCCGCCUCAGGUAUGGUUGGUAAGCUUGUCGAGUUCCCCUUUGACACCAUAAAAGUUCGAUUACAAGCCAAUAACUCACAUGCUACGUCGACAUUGAAUAUGAUAACGAAAACUUUCCAUAAUGAAGGGGUCAUGGGAUUUUACAAAGGGUUGAAAGCACCAUUAUUUGGUGCUUGUUUGGAGAAUGCAGUUUUAUUUAGCAGUUACAACUUUGCAACAAGUGUGCUACAGCAUUAUGACCCUGGUUUGUCAAUGUGGUCCAAAUGCGCCAGUGGAGGAUUUGCUGGUUUUAUGGCUAGCUUUAUUUUAACUCCUGUGGAAUUGGUAAAGUGUCAAUUGCAAGUAGCCAACAUGUCGGCUAAACUGGUUACUCAUACAUACACUUCAGUGAUUGGAGACACUUUGAAUCAUAAGGGAGUUGUCGGAUUGUGGAAUGGAUUGGGAUCAACCAUGGUUCGUGAAGUUGUUGGUACCCUGAUUUGGUUUGGCACGUAUGAGUACAUUAAUGCGUAUUUCGAGACCGCCAAGCAUCCAUUCAUCAAGAAUAAGGAUCUACAAUUGUUGUUUAGUGGAGCUAUGGCUGGUGUGUUGUUUAACUUUUCCAUGUUCCCAGUUGAUACUGUCAAGUCCAAUAUACAAACGCAUGAUAUACUUUCUGGCACCAGUGGCAAGCAUCAUCAUAUGGCAACGGAUUUUUGGAAAGAGAUGAGAAAGUUGUGUUCAAAACCGGGGGGAGUCAUGAAUCUUUAUAAUGGAUUGGGUAUAACCAUGAUUCGAUGCAUUCCAGCCAAUGCAUUGAUUUUCUAUACUUACGAACUACUCAAACGAAAUUUUUAA